CUGAUUCUAGUUUAGUUUGUAACUCCUGAGGUUCCAUCUUCCUUCCAUAAUGAACAUGGGAGUUGUCAUGGAUAAGUCGAAUGUCUAUAUGAUUAGGAGGAGCUGGACAAUCAACGCGGUGAUGAAGAGGUUACUUAGGAAGUGGCUGAAGACGAAUCAGACGAGCAGGGCGGUAGCUUCGGCUCCAGUUCCGGCAGGAUGCUUCCCGGUGUACGUGGGAGAGGGGGACCGGAAAGAGAGGUUCGUGGUGAAGGCGGAGCAGGCGAACCACCCCUUGUUCAAGUCCUUGCUGGAGGAUGCUGAGUCGGUGUAUGGAUUCUGCUGCCAAGGCCCUCUGUCGCUUCCCUGUGACCCUGACUUCUUCUUCAAAGUCCUUGCCGAGAUGGAAUAUUCCCAUCACGAUCACUGCUCUUGCAGCGACGAUGAUGGCGACGAUUUAUUCCCGAAUACUAAAACUCCGGGCAGUAACCAGACGCCUAAAGACUGGUGGUUCCCGUUUCGGAUAACUCCUAACAACAGUCUGAAAGUCCGGUGGUUCACAAGCAAGUCGGAUGACGAGGAGCAGCGGUGCUGUCAUGCAUCUCCGUACCGCCUGCUCACUCCACCCAACUCAUUGCUCAAGCUGAACCAAGGCGGCCGUCCUUCCUAAGUAGCCAUAGCCACAGAAACUAGAAAAUUCAAUUCAUUCAUGUAUUAAACCCUGGUCACUCGGUGCAGCAUAUCCUGUUAUAUAAUAUGCGAUGCACAUCUGCACAUCUU